AUGGCAGCUGUUGAUUCCCAUCCAGAGAUUCUGGAAGUAUUCGAAGAAUGCCAACUUAACCACUUAGCUCAUGAUCGUCUUUGCGUUAAGCUGAAGAAUAUCUAUGAUAACACACGUUUCUCAGUGUUUGCUGAUGAUUUCCUUGAGCUUUGUCGAUACAGUUUGGUGUCUUCUGAACGGUCGUUAUACCGUGAACGAACAGUUGAUUUCAUUACAAAGUUUGCAUUAUUUUGUGGAAAAGAUUCGAAUGAGGAUGGCGUUCUAAAUACCAUACAUAAUCGUAUCUUACUAAGGCUUAUAAUAUUCUGCAUUAAAUACAAUGAAUGUCCAAAUCCUGCUGUACGAUUUCGAUGUAUGCAAAUCAUUCACAAAUUAUUAGAUGGUAUCGGUGAUAACGGAAUAUUACCUGGUGAAAUCUAUACAAAACUACAAGAUGUGUUACUACGUCGUGUUUAUGAUGUGAAGGUUUCUGUACGUGUUGAAGCUAUUAAAGCUAUAUCACGUAUGCAAGAUCCUAAUGAUGCACAGUGUAAUGUAGUAGAAGCUUUCAUGUGGCUUACUCGACAUGAUCCAACAGCUGAAGUGAGACGUGCUGCUGCAGCUGCAAUGGUAUUGACAACACGAACAUUAGGCCAUCUACUUGAACGAUGUCGUGAUGUAGCGGAUAAUGUACGUCGUACUGCAUAUAAAAUACUAGCGGAUAGAAGUAUCAUACGACCUUUAUCAAUUGCCAAGCGUAUACGUAUCCUACAAGACGGUUUAUCAGAUAGAUCAGAGGAUGUUCGUAAAGCCACGAAAGCACUAAUUUUAUCUUGGUUCAAUGCUUCAAAUAGAGAUCCAAUCCUAUUGUUACAUCGUCUAGAUCCAGAAUGUGAAGCAGAGACAUGUCAAAAAGUGUUAGACAAUCUAUUUGAUAUUCUAUCCUUGGAUGAGUUGCUUAAAGUUGUACAAACUUGGGCUGCUGCCUAUUUAACUUCUGAUCAUGUAUUAAAAUCAGAUUGUCUUACACCAGAUUCAGCAUUCUUCUGGAGAGCAUUAAUUCAAUUUAUACGUAAGAAAGAGGCAGAAGUCAAUGAAUUACGUGUUAACAGUAGUAUGGGAGCAGUGGUACUUCAUGAAAACGAUGAAGUUGAUGAUCAGAAUCCUGUUGAACAGAUAGCUGAUUUAAUACAACCGACAGUUUGUAUUUAUGUUGAUUUUGUUAAGAAUAUUGUAGACAAAUUCACACAAUCUGCAGCUGAUCAGCAAAAAGAUGUCAAGGUGUUUGAUGAAGAAUGUAUUGUAGAACAAAUCUUAAUUAUUGGAGGUUUACUUGACGUCAGCGAAGAAUAUGGCCGACGACGUCUUCUCUCAGUGGUUCAUGAUUGGAUAACAAGUCAACAAGUUUCUGCAAAUUUAGCUCCACAAUUGCUGAAAUUAUAUGCCAUCUUAGAACCGAGUGUGAAACGUCGUGUAAACAAGGUCAUCGAGAUGAUCAGUGAAUUGUGUGAACCAACAGAACCAGAGGAUCCGUUACCUGCACCAAUAACAACUUUCCAUAGCUCAACCAUUCUUGAAAAUUGUGUAUCAAAUAAAGAAAACGAACCCCGUGUGAAUCAAACGGCUAUAUCAAAGAAAAAGGAGAUUAAUAUACGUUUGAAGAUUGCUAGUCUUGAAGUUCGUUUGAAUGAAAUCAAUGAAUCCUUGCAUAAUUGUAUUACACGUAAAGAAUUUGAACGUGCUACUGAACUGCGUGAUGAGUGUAAUAAAUUAGAAGCGGAACGAUCACAAUUGUUACAUGAAUUACAUGGAACUGUCCUCCCUGUUGUGACAGAGAACGUUACCCCGUCAAAUGGUGAACAUAAAGUGUCUGUUACUACUAAUAUGUAUGAUAAUAAUAAUUCCGGUACCAGUGUGAAACGUGAUGCCGAUGGCAAUAGUGUUGCCAAUGGCAGUAAAAAUUAUUUCCAGAAAGAAGAAGAGGUAGAGGACGACGAUGACGACGACGAAGAGGCUGAAUCUGAAGAUGACGAUCCAAUCAAGCGUUGUUCCCCGGCUGUUUUACACAAAGCUAAUCGAUUGGCUGCCUUACUUAUCCAACAAUCACCUACACUAUGGACUUUACCUGCUUCAUUACGUUCAUUAUUAGAUACACUGAUAUUACCAAGUAUUCAGCAUACAGAAUCUACUGUUCGUAAUCAAGCAAUCCUCGCUUUAGGUUUAUGCUGUACAACGGAUUUACCCUUAGCAAUGCAGUAUAUACAUGUUUUCUAUUCAGCUAUGCGUGUAGAUAAUGUGACAAUAAGUGAAACAGCCUUGGGUUGUAUUAUUGAUUGUUUAUUGAUAUAUGGAUUUCGUCCAUUUCAUGAUGCCAAUAUUAAUUUGAAUGCACGUUUAGCUCCAACAGACACAAUUAUUCUUGAUGACGAUGAUGAAGAUGACAGUGUAGUGUCUUCACAUGAUUACGUCGUAUUAGCUCGACAAGUGUGCCGAGAUUCAGUGGUAUCUGGGAAUCAGUCUCAUGCUUCACAGAGUAUACUGGUUCGGUGUAAUGAAAUGUCAAGGACAGCUUAUCGUCUGUUAAAGCCAAUUACAUCAAUUUUAGAAAAAGAGGAUUGUGCAGAAUUACGUUCACCUUGUGCCCUUGGUCUAGCUAAACUCUUGAUCUAUGAUCGUGUUAUAUCAAGUCAAAUACUUAGUCUGUUAAUACUACUCUGGUUCAAUCCACUUAGUGAUGAGACACCAAAACUUCGUCAUGGUUUAGCCUAUUUCUUCUCUGAUUAUGUCUGCGCUCAUGGAGGAAAUCGAUCAGGGGCAUUAGAGCACCAGUUAGCUAUCGCUGAUGCUGUCCUCCCUACAUUGACUACAUUGAUUCGUGCACCAGCAUCAUCAACAUUGUCAGAAGUGGAUCCAUACGCUGUCGCCUGUCUACUGGCUCGAUUAACUGAUACCACUCAUUUGUUGAAAGCACAUACAGAAAAAGACAAACCUGACAUCUCUACGGCCCUGGCUGUUGCGAAAGAGAAAGAUGAUGAAGAUCGAGAAGAAGGUGAAGAACAAGAAGGUGGUGAUAAUGAAACAAAGCCGGUAUCACUUGUUGCAGAGGAUGAGAAAAUUAAUAAUCCAUAUCAUGAUCGUUUGGUUUCAGUACUAGCUGCUGAAAUAUUGAAAGCUCCACAAUCCGCUGAAGCAAAGCUAUACCUACGUAUGCUUUCACAAUUACGUCCAUCAUCGGAUAAUGUAGAGGCGCAUAGAAAAUUAUUGAAACUUAUCGACUCGAUGUCAAAGUUUGCUGACAGAUCAUUAAAUCUUAUGCUACGUCGUUUUCGUAAACAACUUAUCGAGAAAAUGCAACGUUUUGGCAUUGAUCCCACAGAGAAGUCGAAUAAAACAAUUGAUACUACAGAUCAGAGUAAUUUUGAUGUUGACAGGCAGUUAAAUCAUUCUUUGAGUAGUAAUAAUAAUGGCGAUGGUGAGAAUGUGGAGUCUGAGGAAGACAGUCAGCAUCAACAUCAGCCAACAUUACUUGCCUCGGCAAGGGCUAACCUACAUGUGUUGAAUUCAACUGAACCUAAAGUAGAUCGACAGCAUAAUGCAACAAUGGUUUUUGGACAGCUGAAUAGAACUCUGGCAGCGAAUAUUACUACAACUUCAUUGUUGGAUAAAUCACAUAAUAUCCUUGCCUUCUCCUCGUCAGAUGAUGAUACCGCCUCUGAUAUCAUACCUGUCCGAAGACCGAAUGUUCGUAUCUCACUAGCUAAAACAAAUCAGUCAACAAAAACACCCUCGCGUCAGCGGAAGUCUACAUCUACUGCCUCAAGAAAGUCUAAAGUUGUACCAUCUAAAUCAUCUUCAGCCACGUCAUCAUCAACAUCAACUAAUCGUAGAAAUGUCGUAGAAAGUUCUGAUGAUGAGAAGAAUGACAAUAGGGAUGAGAGUUCUGACAGCACUAUUGAAAAUCAUCCAGUGACGACACGUGAUCGUAAAAAGAUACGAAAAUCCACGCGUGUCCUGGAAACAUCUUCACCAGUGUCAAUACGAUCCACAAGAAGUAGUAGUGCUAGUACUUGUAGAAGUACACGAAGUUCCUUGCGUUCUUCUUUGUUACGGUCAUGUAAACGGCCAUAA